UUCACAUCUAAAUUGAUAAUUAAGAAAGAAAAUUAUGUUGAAUAAUCUAUUGUUUAACUAUUAAUGAUCUUUCUCUUAAAAAACAAACAUCCAUUAAAUGGUAAUGAAUUCAAGUCAAUUUCAUAUGAACAUCCUAUGUAAUUUCAACAACACAAUUGUCAUUGUGUGAACUAUAACUCUUGGAAAUUUCGAAUGUAUACAAAUCUGUAUACUAGAUCUGUAUUAAGUAAAACUUUAUUAAUCUUAAUAUGGUUGCAUGAACAAGAUCAAAUUGUAUUUGGUUUUAAUGGAUAUAUAAAUUAUGAUUUAUUUGGAAUUAAAAAUGAUGAAAUUAUCAAAUCAUCUAUGAUAUGUGUAAAUCAGCAUGUUUAUAAUUGUAAAAGAAAUUCUAAUUUAAGAUUUAAUGAUUCUGUAUUAUUUCAAAAUAAUAAAUCAAAUCAUAAUUGUGACUUAUUUAGUGUGGAUAUAAAUCAGGAUUUAUUGAAUGGAGUCAGAGAAUGUAUCAGUGAGUAUUUAGAAAUUAAUAAUUUUUAUGUCUAG